AUGGCCAGCCUGGCCUGCACUGCAGCAUCUGCUGGGCUUCCCCUCGCAGGGCUCCUAGGGGAAGCCAGCACUCACCCUGGAUCGGAGCUGGGCAUGCUGCCGGAGCCGGGCACGCUGCUGCCACAUCACCCCUCAGCCCCUGUGGCUGGAGGGGAGAGAAGGGAUGCGGGGCCAGCUCCCCCGGCACCCGGCCCCACGCUGGCCAUGGUGGCCAUGGGCGCCAUCCUGGCCACUGUGGGCAUGUUGGGCUGCUACUGCUCCGUGAGGCGCCACCGGCACCAGGUGUUGCAGGUCUUCACCGGGCUCGUGCUCCUCGGUCUUGGCAGCACCUUGUUCUUCGCUUCCAGUGACUACAAGUUAUGCAUUGCCUACUGGUAUCUGCUCUGGGGGGCUGUGCUGUAUGGCGUUGCUGGCUAUUACAUCUCUUCCACUGCUAUAAAUCCUUCAAGACCUCUGGGCUUCCUCUGGCUGAUGAUGAUCUUCACUGUUUUUGAGAUGGUCAUCUCUUCCAUUACGUUCAGCUACAGCCUGCUCUCUCUGCACAAAGACAGAAGCUUGGACCAUCAGCUGGUGGAGCAGGUUUCCCCAUUGCCAGAGCCUCAACUGCCACAGGCUGUGGCUAGGACCAGUCCAUCCCAGCUGCCCUCUGGGCUCCUACCACCAUAUGCUGAAGGAAACUUCCCCUUGGAGCCUCAGGGUGUUUGAUUUCUCCAACACUUCCAGGAGCAGGCUGGAAUGCAGGCAAACCCUUUCUGCUCACCUCAGUUGCUGCAGGAUCUGAAGAGGAUGAACGUGGCUCCUCCUGACUCUUGAGGACAGAGAUUGGGUGGGCAUCAGUGACCCACCAUCCAUUUUGGCACCAGUAUCCUCACUGAGGGGUUGUGAACCUGAGUUAAGGGGGAAAGAAGGGACCUGGAAGCACGUGGUUUUCUCAGAUGUGUCCCAAGUCCUGGAAGCCAUGGGAAGGGAGGUACCACACUCGUGAGCCAGAAGGUAGAGCACAAUCAUGCUGGAUGCAGCAACUUCCUUGCCUACCUCAUGCCAUUCCCACUACUCACACAGUUUUCCUCUUGGGCUGUGAAUUUUCCAAGCCUCAUCCCGUUUCUAUCUCUCUGUGAACUAUGUUGAAUAUCCAAGAGUGUGGAAAUGCAUUUUUCUUUUUUCUGCUUAAAAUGUGGUGCUCUGCUAAUUA